AUGCUAAAUUUGUUAAAUUCUUUGGAAAACAACUAAAAGUUUUCUUUCUAACAAAGAAGAUAUCGUCCUUCCUUAACAAUUCAAAGUGAACCAAAGAAUUAAUUACAUAGAUAACAUACUAUUUAAGAUCUUUUAAACUUAAAAUUGUCUGGAAAUAUUUCUUCUAAUUAGCCAACAAUAUAAAGAAAAUUAAGCAUGAGACCUUCAAUAAAAUUGACUAAAAUUGUUCCAUCUAUAACAGAAUAAGGAGAUUAAAUUACUCCUCUUAAAAAUAGAACUAUUUCUCUAGAAAGCUCCAAGAAAGUUGACUUUCACCCUUCAGUCUUGGUAAUUUAUUCAGAGAAUGGAAUUAAGAAGAGAGAAAAGCUUAUUGAUGAAUUCAAAGUUAAAAGAAAAGGAAACAGAAAAAACUGUAUUUUAAUUUAAAAAAAAUGAGUAUCCAAAUAAACUGAUUUGAU